CUCGUCGGGCAGGAAGCCCUGCCUCCCAGCCCUGCCGCGGCUCGGCGGCCCGCUCGAGGUUCUCCUCCCAUUUCUGCCCAGGAGGAGUCAGGGCGGACUCUGAGGGACAAUGAGUUGGGGCUGAGAGAGGAGCUUCGCUGCAGCGAAGCGGCGCCAUCUUGCAAUACGGACGAAAAGCUAUGGCGGGCGCCAUUUUGCAUUUGGCCGAGAGAUGAGAAGCGCCUUACUGCAUUUCCCCUCCUGGGCGCCGCCAUUUUACGUUACGGCAGAGCCUCCGCCUUCCAAGCGCAAUCUCAUUGGGCGCCGCCAUUUUGGCUUACGAACAAGACAGCGACCCGCAGGGGUCCUCACCCCCUCCCUCCCUUUAGGUGCCUUCAUAAAAUGCCCGUCGAGAAUCCCCUCUUUUUUCGCCCCGCUCCCAAGAUGGCGUCGAUGCGGGAGAGCGACACCGGCCUGUGGCUGCACAACAAACUGGGCUCCACGGACGAGCUGUGGGCACCGCCGAGCAUCGCCUCGCUGCUCACGGCCUCGGUCAUCGACAACAUCCGCCUCUGUUUCCACGGCCUUUCCUCGGCCGUCAAGCUCAAGCUGCUCCUGGGGAUGCUGCACCUGCCCCGCCGGGCGGUGGAUGAGAUGAAAGGGGCACUGACUGAAAUUAUCCAGCUCGCUACCUUGGAUUCAGACCCCUGGGUCUUAAUGGUAGCUGAUAUUUUAAAAUCCUUUCCAGAUACUGGCUCCCUUAACCUUGAUCUUGAAGAGCAGAAUCCCAAUGUUCAAGAUAUUUUAGGAGAACUUAGAGAAAAAGUAAGUGAAUGUGAAACUUCAGCUAUGUUGCCGCUGGAAUGCCAAUACUUAAACAAAAAUGCCUUGACAACACUAGCUGGGCCACUUACUCCCCCAGUGAAACAUUUCCAGCUGAAAAGGAAACCUAAAAGUGCCACUCUCAGAGCUGAACUCUUGCAGAAGUCAACAGAAACUGCUCAACAGCUCAAGAAGACUGCAGGAGUGCCUUUCCAUGCCAAAGGCAGGGGACUGGUCAAGAAGAUAGAUACAACAACACCACUCAAAGGAAUACCAAAACAAGCUCCGUUCAGGAGUACUUCAGCACCCAGUGUUUUUAGUCCUUCUGGAAAUAGAACUCCUAUUCCUCCUUCAAGAACACCUUUGCGCAAAGAAAGAGGAGUAAAGCUUCUAGAUAUCUCUGAGCUGGAUAUGGUGGGUGCUGGCCGUGAAGCAAAGAGAAGAAGAAAGACAUUAGAUACAGAAGUUGUGGAAAAGCAAGCCAAAGAGGAAACAGUAGUAGAAAAUGCUACCCCAGAUUAUGCUGCUGGCCUUGUAUCUACACAGAAACUUGGCUCGUUGAACAAUGAGCCUGCACUACCUUCUACAAGUUACUUACCUGCUACCCCCAGUGUGGUGCCGUCGUCCUCCUAUAUCCCAAGCUCUGAAACACAGCCAGCUGGCUCUGCACGAGAGGCCUUGCAGACCAACAGACAGACUGAAGAGCCUGCAGCUCCAAAUGCUACUACAACUCUCCCUGCACAGUUCAAACAAAGAACACCCAUGUACAACAGUAACUCUAAUCCCCCUGCAGCUACACCUACCUCACCCCUAACACCCACCACACCUCCUGCCAUCUCCCCUGCGGCACAGGCACCACAAGUGGCCCCCCAAACUCAGCAACAGCCACCACCGAAAAAAAGCCUCUCUCUCACAAGGGAGCAAAUGUAUGCUGCCCAGGAAAUGUUCAAGACUGCAAACAAAGUUACAAGGCCAGAAAAGGCUCUUAUACUUGGAUUCAUGGCUGGAUCCAGAGAGAAUCCUUGCCAAGAGCAAGGUGACAUCAUCCAAAUUAAACUUAGUGAACAUACAGAAGAUUUACCAAAGGCAGAUGGCACAGGCAGCACCACUAUGUUGGUUGACACAGUCUUUGAAAUGAACUACGCUACUGGUGAAUGGACCAGAUUCAAGAAGUACAAACCUAUAACUAAUGUUUCCUAAGAGAUGAAGCAGCAGCAGACUGGACCAAAUCAAGCUUAGAGUCAACCAGCUCAUAAAGUAUGUCAACUGUACAAAAUGGCAUUCAUGUGUACAUUUCUAAUUACCCUUCAGAGUAGAGGCUGUGCUCUUCAACCAAACUGAGCUCAAUGAACAGAAAAGAUGGUGGUGUCAAACUUGCUUUUUUUUUUUUUUGUAUUUUUUGUUAUUAAUCUUGGGAGAGGGAAAGAUAAUCUUGGGGGAGGGGGGUAGAAAAUUUUGGUGUGUUUUUGUUUUCCUGCAGUUCAGGAUGCUGAAAAAGGAGAUCAGUUUACUGCUGAAUACAUGAAAAGGAGACUACUGCACAGUCAUUCAUGGUUAACUGAGGGCACAGAUCUUUAUUGUAAAAUCAUUUUCUUUGGCAACAUUAGUUCUGUCGUGAGAAUGGAUGUUUGAAGUACCACAGGUCGGUGCUUGAUAACUGUAUUUCAGCUGCAGUAAAACUAUUGCAGAUGGUAGAUGUCAGUGUCCAAAGGUACCCACUGUAUGUUUAUUUAUGUUUGGGUCAUAGGAUGAGAUUGAGCAGCUUUGUUAACUCUCUAUAUUGUCAAUGUACAUGCCCAGCAUGAGUUAAUCUAUAUUUGGCAUUAUUUGAGAUAUACAGAAACUGAGUAUCAUAACUUUCUGAAGAAAAAAACCCAUCAAAAUUAUGAAAGUAACUGUGGCUGGUCACUGCCCAGAAGUGAUGGUUUCUUGUCAUAGGAAUCUUGGGGUAGAAGUUGGCCUGUGGCUCUUGCAUAACAAGUCAUUUGCACAGUGGAACUUAAGUGGAGGAAGGGAAACAACUACAUCUCAAAACCAAUUGGAGCAUGAUUUAAAAAUGGCCCUAGAAAUGAUUGAGACACAUCUGAGUAGAAGUUUUGUUGUCUUAAGGCACUGUUAAUGUAUGUUUGGUUGAGCAGUCAUAAAUUUUGGGUCAAGCCCUGACCGAAAAAGUUUUGAAUGACUGUAGCUGUGGUUCUUACCAGUGUAGUAUUAUCAGUAUAAUUGCUAAUGUGGUCACAAUUAUACUGGCAUAUAAAUGUGCCUUGUACUUGUCCCCUGCUAGUAGAAGCACAUUUUUAUCUUUAUAACUGUGUUCAUACCACUGGUGUAAUCUGGCUUUAACAGUACAAACAAAGCUGGCAUUUACUGAGAGGAUUCAUAUACAUAAGUCAGGAUUCCUUCUUGGGAGACCUGGCUUCAUCAUUUGAAGAAGUCUUGGAUUCAGUGUCUGGUUUCUUGCCAGUACUUGUGUGUGGAGCUGUGCUUGGUUGGGAAUGCUGCUUAGAAGGCAGAAAUACAAAGAUGAGUAGCAGAGUGGUGAUGUGUUCAGGAGGUACCUUGGGCUGACUUAAAGGUUCAUGUUGAAGUAGAACUUUUAGGACAAAAUGAGGCUUCUUUUUUUCUUGUUCCUUUUUUCUGAAAAAAAAGCAGACCAAAUCCCAUAGUACACUUGUAUACUAAGAAAGACAUUUAGAUGUUUGGUUAGAGUCGUUUUUUUAUCGGGGAAUUUUCAUUGCAUUUUAAUCUUAGUUUUUCAAUCAAACUACCCAACAAGACAGGGCAAGUAUAAAUAAUAUUUUAAAAAACGCCCUGUAUUCUACAGUUUUUUAAGAUGUGACCAAAAGUGUAGAUUUCUUAACUUUAUUUAAGCAAAUACACAGAAUAUUCUAGCUCCUGUAACAGGCAGUGUGUUUGAUGGUAACUGCUGCUGUUACAGUGUUGUGCAUGUUUUACUGUGGAAGUUACAUUUAGCUGUCACAUCAGGCUAUCCUCCCCAGAAUUGCCCAUUUCAGAAGCAACGUAGAUUGUAAUUUUGAUUCCAACUUUUCUUUUUAAACAGCUAGAAAACAGCUUUACAAGUGAGGGUGAGUAGUGAGUUUUAGUUUUUAGGAAUUUAGUAGAAUGUGUUAUGGUUAUAACUUAUUUGGUUUUAGAGUGUUACACAGUGAGGGCUAAUGAUAGGAUAUGAAAGUAUUCAUCUUUUAGAAGAAAGGCUUAAAGAAAAGUGACAUUCCUUUUGUUGUCUGCAUUCAGAUUUUAAAAUUUCCUUGUGAUGACCAGUUUGCUGUAAAUGUGUGUGAUACUUCUGUCUUAGCUGCUCCUGCUUGCUAGAUGAGCUGCAAGUAUCAGAUACAGUUGCUAACAAUGAGCAUUUAGAAAUUGUCUGGCUUGAAGGUCAUGUACUGUGAUUCCAGGAUUCUUGAUGCAAGACCUGUGCAGUUCAGUCGUGCUCAGGAGCUGCUGUGUGGUGGCUCUUUUGCCUUGCUGGAGAUUAAUGGUGGUCCCUCACUAAGCCUUCUGGGUCCACAGAAGCCUGCAUUUCAGACCUGUGCUUUGGGUGGAGAUAGCAGUCCCUCUGCUCUUCAAGAAGCCCUUCUAGAAUGCAGUGGAGUCAUUUGAGUGCAGUAGUAUGUAGGAAGCUUAACCAUGCUGCUAUUUGUAAUUGUUGCAUAAUGCAGUUGGUCUCCACGCCUGUUAGUCUAAAGUCAGUCAUAGGCAAUAAAUGGAAAUUUUAAGUAGAACUAUAGUGUAUUUUUAAUUCCGUUAACUCAUUAGGAUGAGACAAUUUAACACUGCAAAAUUUAAUUACUUUUUAAAGUCACUCUAUGACCCUCAAUACCAGAGCAUUACUUCAACUUGAUCUGUGAAUCUAGAAAGUGCUUAAAUGCCUCAAGCAAGGGAAGUUUCUGUAACAUUGUUAGAAUGAUACAGUAAGAAGUAAAGCUACAUGGAGUUCUUUGGUUCAGCGAAUGAAAUCAUCAAAUCUGUGUUCUGAAAGUAGGAAUAAUGCCAGAUAAAUCAGAAAGGGCAACUUCAAUAUUGAAAUUCCAAUAUAUUGGAAUUGUUACAUACAGAACAAAAUAUGGUCUUGGAACUUGACUUUUUUUUCUUAAAUACUCAGUCACUUGGAUGUGAAGCUAUUCAGUGAGGCUCAUUGUGUGCUGUAAGGUUAAAUGAAAGCAUUUCUUUACUCUAGAAUGACUUGCAGAUGUACUGAGUUGACCAGAGAAGUAAUUCAGAGUUUUCCUAAAGCUUUGCUUUUGUCCUUUCCUCGUCCCUUUAUCUAAGCAUUAAGUUUUAGGAAAUAGCAAGCCCAAACUUUAGAAAACUUUGAGCUUGAACUGCACCUCAUCAAAGGGCAUGUCCCAGUCGCUCUUGCUUGUAGAGAUGCCCCUGUCUGUGAAAGCCUAGGCAUGACAUGCAUUGGCUUCUUUGAUUUGAGUAUGAAAUACUGGAGAAAGAAGCAGUGAAAGUGGCUUGUGUUUUCCCUGUCCUGUCCAAACUUUUCUUUAGGGGAGAAAGAGCACAUUCAUCUUACCCAGAGUUCUUCAACAACUUGUCCUAUAGUGAAGUGCUAGGUUUCUGAAGGCUCCAUUUUCUUUCAUGUGUGCUAUGAGGACCAGAAAGAGUGAAAUGAAGGUAAUGAAGAAAGGGAUCCCAAGAAGGAUGCUGAGCAAGAGUUCUGAUCACAAAUUCCAUCCUUUUGUUCAUUCUUUUGCUACUCCAGUGCUUUGUAGUUACCUCCAUACAAGCCAGUCUAGGCUUAGUACAGUUAACACUCUAGUACUGGGCUGGUAUUUUGUGGGUUAACCUGGUUUUCAGUGCUGGCUUUGCCAUUUAAUCUUUCAGUUCAAUACCAUGGGAUCCUGGAUACAGUGGGAGCCUUUAGUAGUUGCUUGACAUCUCUAUGUGGAAUUAGUCACUUCUUUCACUAAGUUGUGUCAAAGUGCAGACCACUUGUCUAGAUAAAAGAAUCUUGAGACUUUGACAUCACAUGGUUUAAGAAUGAAUCACAUUUUCAUAGUAAGAUCUGACUGGAAAAAAAAAGACGAAAAAAUGUUAAGCCAGAGCCCUCUGGGAAUCUGGUGCCUUUAACAAAAACUGUCAUUUUGUAAAAUGUCACAUCUAUAACAUAGCCUGUAUGUUUUCUAUUGGUUUUUGUUUGUUUUGGUUUUUUUAUGUACAGAUGUAAAUUCAAAAUAUUCUGUCUUUGGGUACGUAUUUUCAGUGUAAUACAGUAUGUAUAAUAAAAAAUUUAGAUUUUC